UUCAGGUAGGUGUGUGCGGGGCGGGUACUGAAUGGGUGGGGCCUUGCUCCGGCAGCUCUCUGGCGCUGGCUACCGACCUAGCGGCGCUGAGCAGAUUGUGUCUAUCUGGCCUGCUGCAUGGAUGGAAGGCCUGGCAGUGCGACUGCUGCGCGGCAGCAGACUGCUAAGAAGAAAUUUCCCAACUUGCUUGUCUUCUUGGAAGAUACCUCCUCAUGUCCCAAAAUCUUCCGGGCCAGAACCUCUACUCAAUAUAACAAAUAAUGGAGUGGCCUUUGUUCCACUGCAAACAUUUACAGAUGAGGAAAUGAUGAUAAAGAGUUCGGUUAAUAAAUUUGCUCAAGAACAACUUGCACCUUUGGUUUCAACCAUGGAUGAAAAUUCAAAAAUGGAGAAAUCAGUAAUACAAGGAUUAUUUCAACAAGGGUUGAUGGGUAUUGACGUUGACCCGAAAUAUGGAGGUACAGGAGCUUCAUUUUUUUCCACUGUGCUCGUGAUAGAGGAGUUAGCCAAAGUGGAUGCAUCUGUGGCUGUCCUUUGUGAGAUCCAGAACACACUAAUUAACGCACUGAUUAUAAAAUUUGGAACAGAAGAACAAAAGGCCACCUAUUUGCCUCAGCUCACUACAGAAAAAAUAGGAAGUUUCUGCCUUUCGGAGGCUGGAGCAGGUAGUGACUCAUUUGCUUUGAAGACCAGAGCUGAUAAAAAGGGCAAUUCUUAUGUCCUCAAUGGGUCAAAGUUGUGGAUCAGCAGUGCUGAGUAUGCAGGGCUCUUUCUGGUGAUGGCGAAUGUAGACCCUACCAUUGGACAUAAGGGAAUUACCUGCUUCUUAGUAGAUCGCGAUACUCCAGGCCUUCAUAUAGGAAAACCCGAAAACAAAUUGGGGCUCAGAGCUUCUUCCACCUGUCCAUUAACAUUCGAAAAUGUCACGGUUCCAGAAACCAAUGUCUUGGGACAAAUUGGACAUGGCUAUCAGUAUGCCGCAGGGGGUCUUAAUGAAGGUAGGAUAGGAAUUGCUGCACAGAUGCUGGGACUGGCACAAGGAUGUUUUGACUACACUAUUCCAUAUAUUAAAGAAAGGAUACAAUUUGGCAAAAGACUAUUUGAUUUUCAGGGCCUCCAACACCAAGUGGCUCACAUGGCCACCCAGCUGGAAGCUGCAAGAUUACUAACAUACAACGCUGCUAGGCUUGUAGAAGCUGGAAGGCCAUUCAUAAAAGAAGCAUCAAUGGCCAAAUACUAUGCAUCAGAGAUUGCAGGACAAGUAACGAGUAAAUGUAUCGAGUGGAUGGGGGGAGUCGGCUACUCCAAAGAUUACCCUGUGGAAAAAUACUUCCGAGAUGCAAAGAUCGGUACGAUAUAUGAAGGAGCUUCCAACAUCCAGUUGAACACCAUUGCAAAGCACAUCAAUGCAGAAUACUGAUGUCCAUGAGAGUGGGAUCCCUCCCCGGUGUCACUACUGUAAAAUUUCAGACUGUUGUUCCUUGUUAGGAGUAUCUGCCUUGUAUGGGAAUAAACUUCCACAGUGUUGAUGGAUUUUAUUGAAGCCCUUAGUCAGGGUUCUGGGGGUUGACCUUUUUGUUUUUUUCUUUUCAGGCUGCUUAACUUAGGCAUGGAGAUCCGCUUUUAAACUUGGGAAAUACACACCUAUAUUUUUUCCAAAACUGUUUUUAAAGUUCUAUACACAUGUAUUUUUCUUAAUUUGAGACAGAGUCUCACUCUGUCACCCAGGUUAGAGCACAGUAGUGCCAUCUCAGCUCACUGCAGCCUCGACUUCCUGGGUUUCAGUGAUCCUUAUGCUUCAUCCUCUCAAGUAGCUGGAACAAGGGUGUACAUCAGCAUGCCUGGCUAAUUUUUGUGUUUUUAGUAGAGAUGGAGUUUCACCAUAUUGCCUAGUCUGGUCUAGAACUCCUGGCUUCAAGGGAUCACCCACCUUGGCCUCCCAAAGUUCUAGGAUUACAGGCAUGAGCCACUGCGCCUGGCCUGAUAUUUAUAUUAUCAUUCUAGUUUCAGAGUAUACAGAAAUUUCAUUCUACCAUUUGGAAAAAUAAAGGGAUCUGAAGUACAACAUUACUUAAGAGAAAUAGUUACUUUAUAUUCCUAUUAAAUCUUAAUCUUGUGGCAUCAGAGAAAUAUUUGUUAUAUAGUAGGAAAUGUUUAUCCAGCACUUUAUAGAUUUAACUCUAAGUUGCAAGUGAGGUCAAAACUGAUAAAAAUUUAUUUUGAAAAAUCUAAAAAUUCUGAUUUUAAAUAUGAGAAUCAAUAGAAAAUAAGGUUAUAAUUUUUUAGGUCAUAUAAUUGAAGAAAAUAUUGUUUUAACAAUAUAAAGCAAUAUGACUUAUUACUAUAAUUAACCUAUGUAAAAGAUACAUUUCAUGAUGGUUUCAGUAGGUCAUUUUAAAAACUAAUCUCUGCAUUAGCUUUCAAGUAUAUGGUUUAAGUAAUUGGUUUAAUAAUCAGAAAAUAUUCAAUACCUUGUUGCAAUAUUUAUUCUGUGCACUAUUUUUCAGUUGACCAUGUCUGUAUUUUAAUUGAAUACUGUUUCUUCAGACAUGGUUAUUGGACUUUAUCCUGAAUAAUAAUUCAGAAAUUGGGCUUUGGUUCAGUGAUUCUCAAGAGAAAGAUCUCUUGCCCAUUAAGAAGUGUAUGAAAAUUUCAUAAGGAAUGAGGAAGAGAAGGGGGCUGUAGAGUUUGAAAAAGCAUAUUCAAUAUUAAAAUAAUUUUAUACUUGGGAAGGCAAAAUUAAUCUAUCGUUUUGUAAUAUAGGUAAUAAACAGGCAAAAUGCAAUAAAAUAUACAGCUGGUUGUAUUA